AUGAAGGGGAUGGUCGGAAAUGGAUUAAUUUUGGAGGUUUUAAUUCUAAUUUUGGUUCAACAAGGUUCUUCAUUUAUGUCGGCUAAGGAUUACUAUGAAGUUCUUGGAGUGAGCAAGAAUGCACCAGAAGGUGAAAUCAAGAAGGCUUAUUAUGGGCUUGCUAAGAAACUCCAUCCUGAUAUGAAUAAAGAUGACCCAGAAGCUGAGAAGAAGUUCCAAGAGGUCUCAAAAGCAUAUGAAAUUUUGAAAGAUAAGGAGAAGCGUGACCUAUAUGACCAGGUUGGGCAUGAAGCAUUUGAGCAAAAUGCUAGUGGUGGUGGGUAUCCAAAUGAUGGAGGUUUCGGUGAAGGGUUUAACCCAUUUGAUAUCUUCGAUAUCUUCAGCAGGAACAAGCAAGAAUUCGGAGGUCAAGACGUCAAGGUUUUGCUUGAGCUUUCUUUCAUGGAAGCUGUUCAAGGAUGCUCCAAAACUGUGACUUUUCAAACUGAGUUGUCUUGUAAUACUUGUGGUGGACAAGGUGUUCCUCCUGGUACCAAACGUGAAAGAUGCAAAGCCUGUGAUGGCUCUGGGAUGAAAACUAUGACAAGGGGUUUAUUAAGCAUCCAACGAACAUGCGAGAAGUGUGGUGGAGCUGGUCAAACUUUCUCAAGUAUUUGCAAAUCCUGUAGAGGAGGUAGAGUUGUUCGAGGACAGAAGUCAGUGAAAGUCAAUGUUGAUCCAGGGGUUGACAAUAGCGACACGUUAAAGGUGUCGAGGUCUGGUGGGGCUGAUCCUGAUGGUGACCAACCUGGAGAUCUAUAUGUUAUUUUUAAGGUUCGUGAAGAUCCUGUGUUCCGCAGAGAGGGAUCAGAUAUUCAUGUGAAUUCAGUUCUCAGUGUUACUCAGGCUAUUCUUGGAGGAACUAUUCAAGUUCCAACUCUCACCGGUGAUGUUGUAGUGAAGGUCCGUCCUGGAACGCAACCUGGUCAGAAGGUAGUGCUAAGAAAAAAAGGUAUUAGAGCAAGAAAGUCAACUAAAUUUGGGGAUCAAUACGUUCAUUUCAACGUCAGCAUCCCUGCAAAUAUAACGCAGAGACAACGUGAACUGCUUGAGGAGUUCACUAAAGAAGAACAAGGCGACUAUGAGAAGCGUGCUGCUUCUGGAUCUUCCUAG